ACAAGAAACAAGCGUCAUAUAGUUGGAUACUUGUGCCUUUUCUCCUUCUAUAUAAAGCUGUUACAUCUGCUGCAUAUUAAGUUUAAUUCAAGAAAAAAAAUUAUUGCUUUCUUCCUCCAAUGGCAAAUAGUGAUAAUCGAGUUUCCAAAUCCUCUAAAUGGUUCGCUAAUAAGAGUCUUAAGCUAAGCUUCAAUGGUCGUCGUGGAUCAAAACCCAGCUCAACGAUAAGCUCCCCUGCCUCUCCUCUGUCUCCUAGAACACCAAGAAUCAACAGCGGCAGCGGAGAAGAUUAUCAGCUGAGACAAGUCUUUAGCUAUUUCGAUGGGAAUGGUGAUGGCAAAGUAUCGGCCUUGGAACUAAGAUCGUAUUUCGGAUCGGUCGGUGAGUACAUGUCCCAUGAAGAGGCUCAGGAGGUGAUCAAUGAUCUCGAUGAAGAUGGAGACGAUUUGAUUGAUUUCAAAGAUUUCCUAAAGCUGAUGAAAAAGGAUGCUGAAGAAGAAGAUUUGAGGAAGGCGUUCGAGAUGUUCGAAUUGGAGAAAGGUUGCAUAACACCCAAAAGCUUGCAGAGGAUGUUGUGUCGUCUCGGUGAUGCUAAAUCUUACGACGAGUGUGUGGCUAUGAUUCAAGCCUUUGAUACUGACGGCAAUGGAGUGGUUGAUUUUAAUGAGUUUCACCAAAUGAUGGUGGCUUAAUUAAUAACUUGGAAUUUAUAUGUAUGUACAUCUUUUCUAUGUAUAUAAGUGCAAAAUGUAAAUGUGUAUGUAUAUAUAUAUAUAUAUAUAUAUGUAGUAUGCUUUGGUCCUUUCAUCAUGAUGGGAAACCAAGAUGUAUAUAAAUGAAAAGGCAAAUUUUUUGCAUCGCAAA